AUGGCAGCGAUGCCGUUUCGCGAGACUCGAGCGAAUGUAAUCGAGCUCGAAUCCGGCGAGUUCGUGCUCCUCCUUUCCCUAUCCACGCUCCCCAAUACGCAAUUAAUCUCCAUCGAUCCCGUAACCGGCGCUCUCCGAUUCUCGAACCGUCCCGGCCUCGACGUUUUCCGCACCGAAUCCGACGCGCUCUUCGCUGCGACACGUGGCAACACCGUGGCCGUCCGAUCCGCCGUGCACGGCCACUGGGAAUUCGCCUGGAACGAGUUCCUCUCCGCGCCCUUCCGCGCGCUGGGCCUGCGCGCGCACUGCGCGGUACUUCUCCAGGGUCUUGCGGAGCUGCGCGCGUUCUCCGACGCGAACGCGCGCCUGGCGCACGUGGUGUCCCUGGCGCGGCGGAGCAGGCUGCACCCGGGGACGCGGUACCUGGCGCGUGGAAUCAACACAGCUGCUGGGACAGGCAACGAGGUGGAAUGCGAACAAAUCGUGUGGGUCCCUCCUCCACCUGGAACCCUCUCCUCUUCAUCUCCAGGACAGCCGGGACCUCCAGUGGAGUAUUCAACGUUUAUCUGGCGUCGGGGGACGGUGCCCAUAUGGUGGGGGGCGGAGAUCAAGUCGUCUAUCCAGGAUGCGGAGAUAUUCGUAGCGGAGACUCAGGCAGAAGGGAUUGCUCCGUACUUUGCCCGCCUGCUACGUCGCUACUCCCCCUCCUCUCUCUCCUCUGACCCCUCCUCCCCUUACUCCUCUCACUCCUCUCGCUCCACCUCUCAAUCCUCCUCUCAUCCCUCCUCUCUCGCCGCCCCCCCGCCGCCCCGGAAGUUUCCCAUAGUGUGCGUGAACCUGCUGCGCAUCGGGGUCGGCAAACCCGAGCUUCUUCUCUCCGACCACUUCCAGGAAGCCGUCCGCUCCGCGCGCUCCCGCCCGGAGCUGCGGGCGGCGUCGCUCGACUUAUUCACGUACGACUGGCACGCGAUGACCAGGGCGGUGGGGGAGGCGGCGACUGUGGAGGGGCUGUGGCAGCGGCUUAAGGUGUCUCUGCAGGGGAUUGGGUUCACCCUGGGGAGGUGGCACCCAGGGGAGGUGAUAACUGGAGGAGGGGCGGCAGUUGGGGGAGGGGCAGUAGGUGGGAAUGCGAGAGGGGGGGAGGAAGGGGGAGUGGGCGGAGAGGUGGUGAUUAGGAACGUGGGGUUGCAGGGGGGGGUGUUUGAGGUGGUGAGGCGGCAGCAUGGCAUGGUGCGGUUCAACUGCGCUGACUCACUCGACCGCACCAACGCUGCUAGCUUCUUCGGUGCGCUGCAGGUGAGGCAGCUUGAAAAGCGUUUUGGGGCCGUGCAGUGCCAGCACCUGGGAAUAUCCCUGGACGCCGCAUGGGCUAGAGGCGGCGGAGCAGGAGGGGGGGUGGGUACCAUGCCAGGCAGAAGCACAGGAAGAGCAGCAGCUGGAGGCUUUGGGAGCGAGUUCUCCCAGUAUUACAACGCAGCGUUUGGGGGAGGGGACGGGGGAGGAGGAGCGGGAGGAGGAGGAGGAGCAGGAGGAGCAGGAGGGUGGAGUGGAGGUGCGACCAGGGCGCCAACACAGGAGGAGGAGGAAGACGCACUAGCAGCCGCGCUGCCACCCGGGUGGGAGAUGCGGCGAGACCCGUCUCGCAGCAAGGUGUUCUACAUCGACCAUAACACCCGCAAAACCACCUGGACCCACCCCUGCCCGCCCCCUCCUCGCGUCGCCACCUUCCCCACUUCCUCCUCCUCCUCCUUUCCCCCCUCACAGCAGCAGCAGCAGCAGAUUCAGCACCCGCCGCUCCCCUCCACUCUCUCUCACGCGUGGGCGUCUCUCGAUAUGAGUGUGCGGGAAUUCCAAGCCACAGUGCUCCCAUCCGCCGUCACAGCCGUAGCAGACCUCUUCUCAAUAGCCGGAGACGUGCACGCCACGCUUUACACCGGCUCACGGGCCAUGCACUCCCAUAUCAUACACAUCUUCAGCAGCGAUCCUAGCAAGGCCAAGAAAGGCGCCGCCGCCAGCGCGGCAAACAUCGGAAUUUCCCUCCAGAGGCGGUUUUUGAACCUGGUUUGGGAUGCUACCAGGCAGCGGCAGCUCGAGGUUUUUCUCGGGCUGCGCCGGCACAAGUAUUUUUCCUUCACGCUGCCCGACCGCCCGCUCCUGACCGUCUCCCUGCCGUCCUCCCCCGGAGGAGGCUCGGGGCACGCGCACGUCCUCCGACCGGUCCCGAGCCUGUUCCCAAGCCUGUACCGGACCGACGCGCUGAUCAGUUCGUAUGGUGCCGGUGCUGCCGCCGGUGCUGGUGCCGGUGGUGCCGGUGCGGGCGGUAAGGGGAUGGUGUGGGUGGUACCGGGGUGGGUGCCACUGGUGGAGGUGCAUGUGAGUGUGGCGCUGCCCUGCCAUGUGACCCACGUGCUGCUCACUGUUGCCCAUGGGGCAGACGACUCUCUUGCUCCGCCCCGCUUUGAUGUGCGCGUUGGAAGGACCAUCGACUCGCUGCAUCUAGUUGCUGAGGGUCUCACCAUACCCCGCUGCGCCAGUGGCACAGUCCUGCAGUACCCCCUCCCUGCUACCAAGCCCACCCGUCCUUCUGCUUCCACUCCUGCUGCUCCUGCUUCAGGGGUAACCACCGGGGGGACGCUGGGCUAUGGGGGAGCCGGGUCUGGCUCAGCCCCAGUGUUUGUAGAGGGAUAUAUAGGGCAGCAAGGCAGUGUGUAUCAGCAGCAGCAGGGAACUGGUUUUCAGCAGCAGCAGCAGCAGCAGGGUGUGUAUGAGAGGGGAGGGGCGGUGUCCUCGUCUCUGCUGUACGAUUACGCAGAGGAGGGCGAUGGGAGAAUCGACUUCUUGACCCGCUUUGUCUCGCUCACCUUCUACACGCCUGCUGCUGCUUCUGCUGCUUUUGGCGGUGCCAGCGGCGGUGGCGGUGGCGGAACCAGCAGUUCCGGUUCCCCCAUGACUCUGGGACAGGUUGAUCCAUUCAGUUCUGGAUUCACCGACCCGUUUGCUUCGUCCACCAACCCUUUUGCCGAGCCUGCUCCCGGACCUGGCUCAGCAGCCCUGGGACCUGCUGCCGAGGCUGAUCUGGUAGGCUUGGUGGGAGGGCUGAGCAUGGGAGCAAACGGAAUGGGACCAGGGUCAGGGGCAGCUGCAGGCACAACAACAGGAGGAAGAGCAGCAGCAAUAGCAGGGACGGUGGCAACAGGAGCACCAGCAGCAGCAGCAGGAAUGGGUGGGAGUCAACCAGGGGGGUGGGAGUCGUUUGGGGCCUUUGAUGAUGGGGGCUUUCAAACCAGUAGCAGCACCAGCAGCGGUGCUGCCAAUACUGCUUCUAAUCAUCCUUUCGGUGCGGCCAGUGGUGCAGACAGCAGCACGCAACCUGGUGGGUGGGAAUCGUUUGAUACGAGCACAACUUUUAGCGGCACUAAUGCCAGCGGCAUCACAGCGAGCAGCAGCAGCAGCCAGCCUGGUGGGUGGAUGUCCUUUGAUGCAUCGGCUACAAAUUCAGCAGAAACAGCAGCAGCAGUGACAGCACCAGCAGCAGCACCAGCAGCAGCAGCAGCAGCAGCAGCCCCAGAAGCAACAGCGACAGCAGUAGCCACUCCUUCUACUGCUGUUGAUCUCGAGUGGGCCUCUUUCAAUCCCCCAGCAGCUAGCCAACCAGCAGCUGCCACGUGGCACCCUCUCAUGGCAUCAGAAGCUGACUCACCAUCGUCCCCACCCCACAGCCCAGAAGCGCUCAAUCAAAGGGAGCAGCAGCAGGGAAGCAGUGUAUCCGACUCCCAGCAGGCACUAAGGCAGCAGCAGGAGAGCUAUACCGGAGUCACCUUUGAAAAUUCUCAAACGGGCGGUGUAUUCGAUUCGCUUCAAGGGAAUGGUGGUGGUUCCCAGGGAAGGGGGGGUGUGGGCUCGCAUGUGACUGGAACAGGGGCAGGAGUGCGGUUGGCCUCGGCUGGAGGCUGGAAGCUUCCAGGAAGCUCCUCAUCUUCGUCAUCAGCAGGAGGAUUCGGAGGAGGGGGAGGGUCAGGAGGAGGAGCAGGAGGAGGAGUUGGGGGAGAAGGGAUAGGAGGAGGGGGAGCAACGGAAGGGCCUGGGAGGCCUGGGCCGCUAGAUGCUCCCAUAUGCAGGGAGUGCUGCCCUCCUGCUGUCUCGAAUGCUGUGCUCCUGCAUCGGGUUCGCCAGCUGCAGGCUCGGCGGCGGUGCGACAGGCUCGGGAGAGCCGUGGCUGAGGCUCGGGACUGGGGAUGUGCUGGUUUGGACAGAAGGAGCAGCGGAAAGGAAGAUUUCAGAGGGGAGAAGGGAGAAGAGAGGGAUGGGGAUGAGUGCCAUCAGGCACCUGUGGUUCCAGUGAUGUCGAGAGGAGGGUAUGGGGGGGAGAGUGGGGCGGCGGAAAUGUCUUUGGCAGAGCUGCCGCACGCUGGCCUGCUCUUCUCGGUCCCGUCAGAUACAUCAGCAGCCCCCGCCAACUCGCUCCUCCUCCCACCCUCCUCCCCCACCCCUCUCUCCUCCGUCUGGCGAGCCCCCUCCGACCUCACUGCUGUGGAAAUCGCAAUUGUACUCUCCGCACCGGCCCUUGUCUCUCGGAUCGUCCUGCACUCGGGCCUGCCCCAGUACACGCCGCAUCACACCCCCAAGGUCCGCAUUUCCCUCAGCACCACCAUCGACCAAUCAGAGCGUACCACAAUAGGCCUCUGGGACCUCCCCUCCACAGCAGCUGCCGCCCGUUCAGACACCAAAUCAAAUCCCAAAUCCGAGCUGCUCUUAUCCUACACCCUACCCGCCGCCGCCGCCCCCUGCCGGAUCAUCUGGCUGAAAUUUCUCCUGCCCGAAGUCCGCCAGCCGGGCACUCCAGCAUCCUGCAUCUGGGCUCGCAGAAUCCGCGUUUACGGGCAGAAAACAUUUGGUGACCCGACAGGAAUUGAUCCCGCGACCUCCGGUGGGGCUGCUGCUGUGCCCAUGGGAGCAGUCGUUGGUGGUGCCCCUGGUGCUCCUGUUGGGACUAUGGGGCCUGCAGGUGUUUCUGCUGCUGCUGCUGCUGCUGCAGGUGCUGCAGGUGCUGCUGGUGCUGUCGGUGCUGCUGCUGGUGGCACGAGUAGGUGGGAGUAUCAGCAGUUUCUGGAGGCCCCGGCUCCCAUGAGCCGAUCACGGGUACGUGAACAGCUGUAUGUUACUGUGGUGAAUUGUGCUACAGCAGAGAGUGCUGUUGGUCGUGGUGCUGAUAGCGGUAGGUGGGAGUAUCAGCAGUUUCUGGAGGCCCCGGCGCCCAUGACCCGAUCACGAACCCCAGUGGAAGGGGAGAGAGUGUGGGCAGGAGGAAGGAUUCUCGAACUUCUUCUGCCUGUCUCCUCGCCCCCUAUCUCGGGCAUCCGGCUGGACGCGCUCCCAUUGGACCGUUCCGCGGGAAUGUUUCUUUCGCUGCCCGGGGCAGCGGACGGCAGCCCGCUGGCUCGGGCGGCGCGGGGCGGGCUCAUGGAUGAGUGGGCGGCAUUCGUUGUCCCGUUCCGACUCAGGGACUCCUUUGGGCCCGCCACAGUCAUCACGGAAUUUAUUCUGCCCGCUGCCCGGCCAAACACGCCUCUCUACUUCGACUUCUCUCGACCAAUCGCGGGCAUUCGAAUCCUUUCAAUCGAGCUUAUAGGCGAUCUCUAUUCCUCCAAAGAAGAUUCUACCAGCACCACCACCACCCCUUCCUCUUCUUCCGCUUCCUCCUCCUCUCCCUCCCCUGCCCCUGGUUCUAACUCCUCUGCUACCUCUGCUGCAGCUGCUAUGUUCUCAUCUGCUUUCGGCGGUUCUGCUGGUUCAAAUGCAGCUGCUGCUACUGCUAGUGGUGGCUUUUCUGCUGCCGGUGCUGGUGGUGCCUACGCCUCUUCCGGGUUUGCUCCGGAUUCUGCUGCCACCACUGCAGCAGCAGCAGCAGCAGCAGCAGCAGCAGCAGCAGCAGCGGAUAUGGACGUGUCUCUGGGGCCAUUAUCACUGGCGGGCCGUGUUCGAGCAUAUCGCUACGCUCCUGCAGGUGACAUGGCGGGAUGGUCGCAGCUGGCAGGCGUGUGA